GACGCGAAGGGUGUGAUUUACAGCUCUCCACAAUACCCCACACUUCAGAAUCCCAGUAAGAGGGAAGGGAUCAGUACCCCCGGGAUCGUGGGGAGCUGGAGCGGGAGGGGUCUCUCUCGAGGCGGUGUGAGUAUAUUGACAUAUUUUGCGCUCUCGAAUGAAUGACAGUAUUUCCCUUUGGAAUAUUGGAAAGUGUUGACACCCCAUGACUGGAGAACGAAUGGGAAGACUUGAUAAGACAAGCUUGGCGUGACAGGUGUGACCUGUGCUGUAAGAUCUGGCGCUGGACAGAGUUGGAACAGACGUCUGGAUUUCGUUUUGCAUGGGUCAGCUGCUUCAGUCCCCAGCACGCGGUUGACACAGAUGCAUUCGCAACGUUUCAGUAUUCACACAUGGUACGUUUUCAAUAGACUUUGGUAAUACCAACACAACCAACAAGACAAACGUCUCUGUGAACAGAACCACCAUGAGAACCACCCAUGUACACUAGUGGGUCAUCUGAACGCACGUGUUUACCUUAACGGUAUGUUGAAAAUGGAUAUCAAGGGUUACCCUGACGGAGCCGCUGCUUGUUCCUUUAUUUCAUCCACCUGCUAUUCUAAAGGUACAAACGUCAUUGGAAAUCAGCAGAUUUGAAAUAUCGCUUUGAUUAUUGUUUUGGAUAAAGCCACUAUGCCAGCCAGGGAAAACCCCAGUUACAGCAGCUCUCGUGUCCAGCGUGCCUACCGCAUCAACGGCAUUGAGCAGAGCCGUCUUCAUGGGACGCUCCAUCUCCUGGAGAAACAGAAGGUCCACCAGACAAGGCUGACCAAUCAGGACAUCAGGAUGGUGUCCGUGUCUUUGGACUACAUCCAGUCUUCCAGCGGGAAGAGUCCGGAAGGAAUGUCCCCAGAGAAGGAGAAACUAAAAUCCGAGUCUGAGGAUGAAUCUGAUGAAGAGGACAAUGAGCCUUGCUUUAUGUACGGUGAAAGAAUUGUGAGUAGACGUGCUAGAAGGUUCAAACGGCCUCAGUCGGCGAUGGAUAGGAGUAGCAACCGAAGGGAAAGUGUGUCCUCUGUUGUAUCUGAUUCCAUGACGUCACUUCCGCCCCGACCUCAAAGCACCCCUUCACGUCGACGUCCGACAAUGACGUUUCAGCUUUCUAGCGGGGACGAAUCGGACAGACAUUCGGAUUCUGGUUCCGAAAGGACUGAGAUUUCUAGUUGUGGCCGUGCUACUCCCAAGUAUGAAUGGGAACGGGAUACAUCUGACAUUACCAAAAAGAUUCUUCGAGCACAAGCCGCGAAAAGAAGGGAUCCUCGCCGGGCCCUCCCCCAAGCUAUUCGUAGACACAGCGCCUUUAACGACAUGCCUUCCUCCACAGUAUCCCUCUCCCCGGCUCCGUCGCGAUCCCCGUCCCCGAAUCUCUACCCCCCACGCCGGUCAUCCGCCUCACCAUCACCUGGACGAAACGCUCGACUGUCGGAGAUCCUUAACCAAAGGCGUCCAACGAUGUCAGCAGUUGAUUGGAGGAACCAUCUGACUAGAAAUCAGACGUCGCCGAUGUCUAUAACGGCGGCAAGGCAGUUGGCUAGAGACGAUAAGAUGAGGGACAAUGAAAACGCCCGCAGCAGGGUACAGGUUAGAGUGGCGAGUUUCAUGCAAGACUACCCACUACGGAAACCCAACGGUGCCACAUAACUCAUGACUACGGGAGUUGUUUGUAAUACGGAAACCUGUGCUCAAGGCAAAGACCAUUGUCCGAACGUGACUGUGAUAAUUAUAGGUACCAAAAGACACAGUACAUACCAUCCUCGAUGAUACAGUGUAUUAUGUCCCUAUUUAUAUUAUGACAAAUACCCUGGACCUAUUCACAAACGUCACAGCGGGGGGUGUGUGCGUGUGUGGGAGGGGGCACGUGACAGGGGACCCAGUCGGCUAAGGCGCCGCAAUUCGCUGUGUAGAGUUGCGUCCCUUGGGCACGCCAGAAACCUAUGAUUGUGGGUUUGAAUUCCGGUUCGCCCGAUUAUGUUUGUAGGUUUGUCAGCACCAUACCCGU